AGCUGGAAUUUCCCUAAAGUCUAAACAUUUCUACAGCUUAGAUUAGGGUACGACUUCUUCCGAGUACGCACUGAUCGUCUGCUGGAUAUUCUAUACGAGCCCAGAGCCUAUUCCUGUCCUGAAUGCUGAAAAAGGUUUAUAAUUCGUCCUGCAAUGCAAAGAAAUACAAUUCUGUUCAACAUAGUUCAACGUUUCCUGUCUACUCCGAUCAGGAAGUAACCAAAGUCUGCUGUACAUGUUCGUCUUCCAUCACCGUCUGGUUCCCUGGCUGCAACUUCUCUGUUUGAUAACCAUCUGAGAGUCCACACCAGAGUGCAUUAAAUCUUACCUUCAACAUCACGACCUCCAUGGAGAAUGGAAAAAGCUUCGUCCACCAAGAGUAUUACUUCACCGAAGACUCCGCCUGUAUCUGUAAGUCUUGUGGUUGGGCCCAAGGACAGUUGAGGAAGCAGGAAGGUACGCCGGAUGGAACGCCCGAUAAGAAGAAAAAAACAAAACUGAUUACAUUGAACGUUGAGGAAGUCGGUAGAUGUCUACAGGAACCCAGAAGAGAGCAAGGUAAAGCAGCUAGUGAAACAGAGCGAGCCAGGGCACUGACUACAUCGAACUUUGAGAACGUCACUAGAUGUCUACAAGAACCCAACAAAAGCGUGCAAGGUAAAGCAGCUAGUGAAACAGAGCGAGCCAGGGAGCUGAGUACAUCGAACAUUGAGAACGUCACUAGAUGCCUACAAGAACCAAGUAGAAGAAAGCAAGGUAAAGCAGCUAGUGAAACAGAGCGAGCCAGGGAGCUGAGUACAUCGAACAUUGAGAACGUCACUAGAUGCCUACAAGAACCAAGUAGAAGAGCGCAAGGUAAAGCAGCUAGUGAAACAGAGCGAGCCAGGGAGCUGCGUACAUCGAACAUUGGGAACGUCACUAGAUGCCUACAAGAACCAAGUAGAAGAGCGCAAGGUAAAGCAGCUAGUGAAACAGAGCGAGCCAGGGAGCUGUGUACAUCGAACAAUGAGAACGUCACUAGAUGCCUACAAGAACCAAGUAGAAGAACGCAAAGUAAAGCAGCUAGUGAAACAGAGCGAGCCAGGGAGCUGAGUACAUCGAACAUUGAGAACAUCACUAGAUGUCUACAAGAACCCAACAAAAGAGUGCAAGGUAAAGCAGCUAGUGAAACAGAGCGAGCCAGGGAGCUGCGUACAUCGAACAUUGAGAACGUCACUAGAUGUCUACAAGAACCCAACAAAAGAGUGCAAGGUAAAGCAGCCAAUGAAACAAAGCGAGCCAGGGCACUGGCUUCAUGGAACGUUGAGGACAUCUCCAGACGUCUACAAGAAUCAAGGAGUAGAGCAAAAGAUAAAGCGGCCAGUGAAACAGAGCGAGCCAAGACUGUUAUCUCAGACUUUAAGAGAUGGUUGGAAGACCUGAGAGAGACAAUUCUGAAUGCCAUCUCCAGCCAGAAACAGAUCUCAGUCUCUGAUUUGAUCCAUCAGCUGGAAAUAAAAAAUGAUGAAUGGUCCAAAAUUAACGAUCCCAUCAAGGAGCUGGUUGGAAUGACGGAUCCAUUGACUGUUCUACAGGAAUCAGACAGACAGCCAACACCAGUAUCAGACAAUGAUACCGAGGAUAGAGAUGAGGGUGGUAAGAAACGUGAUGAACUUCCAGGUAGCGGAGUUGGUUGGGGUAAGGUUGAGGUCUCACACACGUUAGGUUCACCUUAUAUACUUACAGGGGUAAAUGGACACAUUGACCUACCAGAACCCGUAGACAUAUUACUGGAUGAAAACACGGCUCAUAAUAUCCUGCAUCUAUUGGAUGACAGGAAGACCGCAUCCUGGUCAUUUAUAAACAAGAAUCUUCCAGACACCCCAGAGAGGUUUGCGUUUCGUCCUCAGGUACUGAGCAGUCAGAGUUUCUUCACUGGGCGUCAUUGCUGGGAUGUUGAGGUCCAGAGGUCAGAUAACUGGAGGGUGGGGAUGUGUUACCCCAGUAUAGACAGGAAAGGUGGUAUUCAGUCAGUGAUUGGAAAUAAUAAGAAGUCCUGGUGUUUCUCUAGGAGUCAUGAUGGCUAUUUCGCGAUCCAUGACGGUAAAAAGGUCCACUUGUUCGGCAGCAUCUCCAGUGGAACCGUAAGGGUGUCUCUGGAUUACGAAUCUGGGCUCAUCUCCUUUUAUGAGUUGGGUAUCUCAGUCCGAUGCCUCCACACCUUCACCGCCACCUUCACCGAGCCCCUUCAUGCCGCGAUAGGUGUAUGGAGGGGGUGUAUAAAGAUGUCUGGGAGAAAAUCGGGAGGGGCGGGUAAUUUAAGAGAAAGGAGCAAUCCAAUGGGCUGAAGCAGUGGGUGGAGACUUUAGUAGGGUAUCCCAAUGUAGAUACAAUUUAUAUCUGAGAUCUUUCUAUCUCUCCUCUGUGUUGACCACUGUGAUUGGCUGUAGAGCAUUGGAGUGAAGGGGGGUUUAUAUUAAUUGCCCUCCUCCAUUGGCCAU